CAUGAUAAGACCUGGCUGUAAGGUGAAGCCCAAAUCUAAGAUAAGACACGAACUAGCAGGUACUGCUCCCCACUACACCGCUACUUCUGAUGACAUAUGGAUGAAAAACUGGGGGUACGAAUCAGAAGGAAUGUUUGACGCAGCGAAGGAAGCGGAGAUGUCUGUCUCAGACCCGGAGGAGUAUCUAGUAUCUAGAUCUGACGAGGAUACCCUCUUUCCUCCGCAUAUGCCACCAGGAGAGGACCCAGACACGGGAGCAGUGACCCUCAACUCAGAACAACACCACCGCCUGCUCGGGUCAGGUGACAUGUUGGGGUCACGUGACAACGAGGAUGAUUACGUCACCAGUAUCGAGUUUAAUGAGUGUGUCGAGAGAGGAUUAUUUUGUCGAGAAGCUGACUCCAUGCCAGUGAUCCACUACCACUGUCCGUGUUGUAUAAAACACUCCGAGACUACGAUACAGGAGAUAGAACAACACUACAGACACUGUGUCUCUACAAUGUCUAACCAGAACGCGCUCUUCACCUCUAUUUGUAAACAUGACGACUACAUCACAUUCCAGGAAUGUCGGACGUUAGACCAGGAUUGCCCAGCUCGCGAAGUAAAACUACCGAUACACUACCACUGUCCCUGCUGCCUGAUAUUUACACAGCAGAGUAUUGGUCAAGUGGUCAGACAUCAGCUUACUUGUUGUAAGACUCUGACUAUGCUGCAGCCCAGUCAGAUCGAGAUGGCCCCUAUGAUGGCACAAUCAACGGACAACAUGUGUACCCACGACUUGAAUAUAAUCAGGUUCAGAUUGUGUUUCACCUCAUACUGUUUAGAAGACGACCCAGCACCAGGACCCAACCUGCGCAAGAACCUGCACUUCCACUGCACGUGCUGCAACAUGUACUGCGAUAGCAAGCUGCGCACCCUCCGCAAGCACCAACGUGUGUGCUGUGUUUACUCCCGGUUCGGUAACCAACACGAUGUGCAGCCUAAAGUUCUCUUUUUAAUGGAGACCAGCGCUGCGUUAGAACAGCACGUGGCCAUUGUAGCGAGUAAUAACAGAAAACGGAACAUAAACAGCGUCACUGCGGAUCCCAUGUCUAUUUUAGCCACGAGAACAAAAGUUCAAAAGAAAGCAAGCUCAGUUUUAGCAGAAAUAGACAGCUCAAUAUUCUCAAAAUGUAUGGACGGUUCUCCGAUCUGUAUUGUGAACGAGCGGUACAGACGCGCGCACUACCACUGUCCCAUAUGCAAAGGUUUACACUUCUCGCAGACUUGCACGUGUCAAACUUCACUACAGCAAGUGCUCAAAACCCAGACCACGCGCCAAGCCACGUGGGACACCACUAGACUUACAAGUAGAGCUGAUAGAUAAACUAAACAGAGUGUUUCUAGUUCGGGGUAGUAACCAAGGACCAGGGUUACCUUGUCAUGUGAUCUACAGAGCUGGUCCUAAUUCUAACUUUAUGCACUGCGAGUAUGGCUGUAAGAUGGAUAAGAAUGUUGCUAAGAUCAGAUGUAAACAUUUGGAAGCUUGUGAAGAGUACGUUAGAUCUACUGACGAGUUAACAGAAACUGGAGCUGAUUCACCGCCUCUCGACCAAAUCUCCAUGUUUUACAGUUUUGAUGAAAGCAUGAAAAACGCGGUUUUCCUGCUAUCCCAGACCUGCGCUGAAGUUAGGGUCCCAAUCGUCAGACCUUUUUAUCCGAGCUUGUCAUCAACUGCUAAAUCUAAUUACACUUACUUUUCUGUCAGUACGUGCACUACACCUACCUACGUCAGUAGAUGCCAACGAGUCGUUGUUACUUACAACGAGCGGUCCCAAACCUUUAAAUGUAAGUGCGGUAGUGCGUCAGUUUGCGUGCAUAUUCUUGCUUCUCAGCUUUAUCACAGUCAUUUUGUGGUCAACUCGAUGUUGUGCGAGGAAACUUUGGACAAGAGCCAACAUUUUGGUAGUUCCUCCGAUGACAAUAAUCAAGCAGGAUUUUCUGCUGCGAGUGACAGUGUAGUGAAGGAGGAGAGUAGGAUUGUGUCGUUUAUUAGUCGUUUUAAUUAACACGUUUUAAUUAACAUUUAAGUGUGGUAUUAACCUGAACUUUGCUUGCUGCGCCAAAAAUUUCUGUGUUUUAUGAUGUUAUUUCAAAAUUUUGUUCAUAUGUGUUUACUAUUUCACUUUCAUUUCAUAUGUUUCUUGAAUCUCUCCGUUAUUGAGUAAGCCACACAGAAGACAAAACGUUCUACCGUGGGGCACAUCGCUUAUUACUUGCAAAAUUAUUAAGUGACGAGCACACAAUUUGCGCAUUUGCUGUGCGCGGCUUUUAAUAUUCAGCCCGCAAAUAUAAUACGGUGACACUUGUGAUAUGAUACACUCUUCUUAGUUCGAUCACAGUCAUUGUUUUAUAUUACCUGUCGUCACGGAGACAAACCGCUGCUCUCCUUUUUGAAUAAAGCUUUAAUCAAGUUAACGUCUGGAACUUUGUCUGCUUGACGAUUGUUUGGUAUUAUAAAAUUAUCCUGAUUAUAAUCUUCUGUUAGGAUGUAAGGUGUUCCCGCCAGACGAGACUACUAUAUCCUUGAAGAGCGAGGAACAUGGAUUUUACAGGAUCAGAACAA